CCCGCCCGCUUAGAGAGAGAGAGAGAGAGAGAGAGAGAGAGAGAGAGCACCCCUCCGGCCUCCGGCUUCCCCCCAACCUAGACUCCCAGAGGCAGCCCCCGUGCUUGGAGGCGAGGAGGAUGGCAGCAGAGGAGGCGGAGGGCGACCGCGUAAUCGAGGUCGUGUCGGCGGGGGCGCUUUACCGCAGCGGCGGCGACUGGGAGCGCAAAUACUGGAGCAGCUCUAGGGGCAAGGAUCGGUACCCUUAUCCGGUGGGUUACCAUGCAGUCCGCCAUUUCUCUGGGAUAUCCUUCACCAUGGAAAUCCAACAGGGGCCCAGGGGGCCGAUAUUCCUGGUCACAUCCACUGAAGGAGACUCGGCGACAGGGGAGACCCCUGAUUUUGCUUGGAAGAACCUCCAGAAGAAGACUGGGGCUAAAGUCAGGAACUGGCAGAGAAGAAAGAGCUUCCCUCAGAAGAUUGAUGGUGCUGAGCUUUUUGGGUUCAAAAAUGCAUCUGUUCAGAGAUUGCUUCGUGAGGUUAUAGUAGAUUCAACUGGAACAGUUGAACUAAAGCUGCCUUGUUCAGUCACUUCUGAGGCUGCUGUACCGUUAACUCACAAAGAUGCAGCUGAUGUUUCUGAGGCUGAAGAUCUGCCUGUUUGCUUGGGCAUAGAAGGUGGAACUUGCAAAAGAAGUAUAGAGCCAAGCCAGGUGGAAAGACCCUCUAAGAGGGUCCACUACCAAGACAUGUUUACUUCAGUUGAUAAUCGCAAGGUAUCUACUCAUAGAAAGGCAAAUGAACGAGUUCCUGCAGGUAGAGCACUGUUGGAAGAUGUCUCUGAUUCAAGGUGCACGCUUUCGUUGCUGGAAGAAGUCCCUGGCAAUUCAAAGUACAUUUCUUGUGAUGAUAACUUGGGAGAGCCUUCCCCAGUUUCAUCUCAACAAGUUGGUUUAUCUUCAGGUUCUUAUUUGAGCUCUGAAAAGACUGAUAUAGAAUUGGCUGAGAAGGAAGUAGCAAAGUCUAUGAUGUCUAUUUUGCUUCCCCAAGCUAUUCCCCUUCUCAAGAAAAUUAACAAAAAGAAGAAAUCCAAGCGUAAAAAGAAAGAAAAGUCUACUGUUUCAGUGAGAACAGCUUCACCUCACAUUCCAUCUGACGGUCGCUGCCAAGGUUUAACUGUACCUACAAUUAUUGGUGAAGGUAUAAGCAAAAAUAGUUCUGGAAUGUGUGACAAUGGGGGCUCUCAUUGUGAUAUGGUUAAAAAUGGCUUUGCUGAUGAUGACUGCACAAAUGUGUUUAAAUUAGGCAAGAUGAAUGGUUUUGUUGCAGAUAGUUUUGAGGAUGAUACACAGAUUUUGGGUGAUAAUACAUCCAAAUCCGUGGAUGUUCAUCAUCAUGAAUCUGAUGAUGCAUGCUCUAGGGGACCUGAUGAGAACUUAAAGUUGCUAUAUGGCAGAACUGAAGGUCAUGCUAAACUUUUUGAGUGUCAGGUUGGUGUACAUGAUGGCACAAAUGCACCUGAUGUGGUAUUCGAUCAUGAAAAAGGUCAAUAUAUUUUGUCUGAUUCACUCCUUGCUUGUCUAGAGGAAGAGUUUGGUGGGGAAGAUAGUUCCCACCCUGCAAACUGCAACCAGUAUAAUGGUAUUGUUGAACAAUUGCAAUUUAAUGACUUUGUAAAUGGUACAAAAAAUGGCUCAUCAGAAUCCAUGGAUGUUUUGUACCACAAGAGUAUUGGCAAUAAAUUAAUUGAUGUUUGUUCACAAGCUAUUACUAGACAUGGUUCAGCAGUUUCAAAGAAUGGGGAGCGUUUAGCAAAUGUCUUGCAUGCUCCAGUUCAUUCCAAUGCACACAAUGAUGCUGCGGAGUGGGACAAGCAUGGUGUCAGUUCAACUUUGACUGAGCCACCUUCAUGCGAGGCGAAAUCAUCUUUGUUGGACUUGCAGGAUGAACAACAUACCGAAGUGCCAGCAAUUGAUCAGAAAGAAAAUAGGUUCCAUGGUGUAAACUAUGAAUGUAAAAAGUCUAAUGAUCCUCUUCAGAAGAGUAAUACUAGUUACCAUUCUGAUGAUGUUGAGUUUAUUGACAAAUAUGUUGCUUUUGAGCCAUCAGAAAAAGCCAGGCAUUCUAAUGAUGGGCCACAAGGAGAAAGCACCACUGAAGUGUGUCCUGUUGGUGAUGGACCUAAUGUAGAUAAAGGAAAUUUGCUUGGUGAAGUGGAAGAAUGUCAGGCUGGAUGUAGAAAUGGUAAUAAGAACACAAUAAUACCUGUCUGUCGGGAGAGCAAUGUUUGUGAACGCAUACCUCCGAAGGGUGAACAUGAGGGUUUUGAUCACCAACAGGGUCAUGCCCUUUCUGUCACUAAUUGUACACAUGGUUUAGGAUCUGAAUGCACAAAAGCACAAGCAAGAAGGUCAGGUCAUCACCUAGAGCUUGUGGGAUGCUACCUGCACCCAAUGCCUGUCUUGUCUAUCAUGUUAAACACUAAAAAUCAUAGCAGAUUAUAUAUUUAUGUAUUGUGUGGCCUUCUGGAGAGCUACCAAAGAUCUGUUUAUGUUUAUACUGUCACUAAAGACCAGCAAGAUGCACCACCGUGUUUUGUUGGUUACACAACCCUUCUACUGCCCUCCUUGGACCAGUCUUCUGCAGGAAAUAUUUCAUUAGCAAGAUCUGGUUUGCAUUUUACUCCUGAUGGUCAGUUUGUGGUCCUCCUGAGCUGCAUCAGAAUACCUUUUUGCAGGAUGCAAAACAUUGAUUGCUUGUGCUCGGUUUGCAAGAUGGGCCGAUGCGAGGAUAAUUCUUUGAAAAUUGUAUCUGUUAACUUGGGUUAUGUUUCACUUGUAACUAAAUUGUUGCCAAAUGGGACAGUGUCAUGCAUUUUGAUCUGUGAACCAAAUUACAUUGUAGCUUGUGAAGACAGCAGAAACUUGCAUAUCUGGGAGAUGGUCAAUGGAUGGAGUGAGAUAUCUGAGCAGUAUGUGAUUCCUAGUUUGGGUAAUGUGGGUCCUUCUGUACUGGAGCUUAGAAGAAUGCCAAAAAGCCACUCUCUCAUUAUGGGCCAUGAUGGUGCAGGUGGAUUUUGUUUGUGGGACAUCUCCAAGCGCACACUAUUGGCAAUUUUUGCAGCUCCCGGAAACAUUGUCUUCCAGAUUCUGCCAGUAGGUCUCUGUAGUUUGCAGGAGGAUAUUGUUCAUGCUCCAGUUGAUGACAUUGAUAAAAAACUACGAGGGAUCACGAUCAGUGGCAUGUCUAGAAAAAUUGACCAGGAGUCCUUUAUGACGCCACCAAGAGAAGAUAUAGCAGUUUGGGUACUGAUUUCUUCUGCUUCAGUAGCUGAGUAUCAAUGUGAUCUUCAAACCAAGGUGCAUAAUGCACGAUGGAGGCUAGCUUUGCUAGCAAAGAAGAGAAUUAUUAUGGGGAAUAUUUUGGAUACAAGAGUAACUGCUUUAGAUGCCUCCGGUAACUAUGGAUUCGCUGGAACACAUGGCGGUCUGCUGUAUUUGUGGGAAUUGUCUUCUGGGAGAAAACUGACUGGUACACAGUGUUUUAACCGUGGGCCAGUCUCCUGUGUUGCUGUUGAUGCCAAAUCAGGUGCAGUGGCAGUGACUGACGGUGGAUGCCAGGUAUUACUUUACACUCAGGACAAGGUACUAACUGAUGCAGGGACAGAUCAGCACAUGUUUAGGAUGGAUAAAGUAACCGUUGCAGAAAGCUAACAGAAAUUUUGCUAUUGUAUAUAUGUAGCUUACAGUUUGCUAUGUGUAUAAGGUUUUGGCUUGAUUCUUAUCUCGGCACUGUGCACUACAGCAAGUGUAGUCGUCUGUUGUAAGUUGCCCCACUUCUUGACCUGUAAGUAAGAGCUUCCAGAUGUCUAUGUUAGGUAGCAAGCAUGUAUGCUCUUUGCAGACAGCUGCUGAAACACUAACAAGGGCCAUGAACAAUGACUAAAAAGUUGCCAGACCUUUAAGCACGUGAAAUAUGUGAAAUUACUGUAUAUAAUGGAGAGGUGACAUCAUAAUGCAA